CCACUGAUAUUUUUCUAUCACACUCAGUUGGGCAUCAUAAAUAAAUAAUUUUAUUUUUCACAUCUUAUGAUAAAUCUCUUGCAUGGAGGUAUGGUAACUAAAAUCUCAAACAUCUUAUCAAGAUUGUAAAUAAAGUAUAAAUACAAUGAUAAUAUAGAUGAAAGAAAAAAAAUUCAUUAUGGUUAGAUAUUAAGAAGCAGAACAAGAUUGAUAAAAUAUUAAUGAACAGAUUUGAGUUAUUUGAUGAUAUUAGCAAGUAUACAUUUUAUCAUUGGUACCACCUCUUUAUACAGAAUUAAUUUUGCAGUUAUACAAGACUAAAGGAAAAGUUGCAGACAUGAAAUUCUCUAUUAAUACUUUAUUCUUUACACUUGUGGCAAUGAAUGAACUUUUAACGGUUGUGAGAACGCUCCCGAAACCAGACGAUGCUGCGGAGCCGAUAUUUAUGGAUGCUCCGAGUUAUGAAAGCUCAGUAGAUGAUACAGAUGAUGGCGAUGAUGAAGAUUUUUCCGGUGAUUUUGAAACGCCCGAGCAUGACGCCCCACAUCGAGUUCGAAAUGAAAUCUGGAAAGUCAAUAUUAACCAUACAAAAGCUGAAGAUUUAUUUCAAGGAGAUAUGCGAUUGGAUUUAGUGCAGAAAAUGGAGCUAAAAAUCGACCGUAUUUACCGGCAAAAAAGAGCUGCGAGAAGCAGAGAAAAAGAAUAUCUAUGGAAGCACAACACUGUCUAUUACAAGAUUGACUCAGGCUUCAGUCGAGAUACAAAAAUGGAAUUAAAACGUGGAAUUCGACAUUGGAAAAAGUCGUUGAAACAUUGUCUAAAGUUUGUGCGUCUGGAUAAAACUCCAGGCACGGAAGAAAGCAUCAGCAAACAAAGAUUUGGGGGCGGUCCGGUCGAUCAUAUUCUGUUUACAAAAACCAACUCAGGAUGUUGGUCUCAAGUUGGUCGGACAGACACACGAAUAAACCAAUUUCCAUAUGUUCCUGGUCGACAACUUAUCUCAAUAGGAGAAGGAUGUGGAGAAAAAGGAACCGUUAUCCAUGAAAUUGGUCAUGCUAUUGGUUUUUGGCAUGAACAAUCGAGAAGAGACCGCGACUCGUUUGUCAAAAUUGUCAGACAUAAUAUAAUGAGUGGGCAAAAGCUACAAUUCCGUCGUUUGAGCAAGAAGGAUGUCAACAGCAUGGGUUACGCUUAUGACUUCUGGUCAAUUAUGCACUAUGGCCCAACAUUUUUCUCAAAGAAUGGCAAGCCAACGAUAAGAAUUCAAAAGAAAUACAGAUACUUAAAACCAGAGAUUGGACAACGAAGAGUUUUAUCCUAUCUUGAUGUAGCUCAAGUCAGAGCUAUGUACAAAUGCAAUGUGCUUCCCAGUCGUGAGAGUACUAGAACUUGCGUUAGCAAGAAAACGAAAGGACGGGAUUAUAGAGGAAAGUUAGACUAUACAGAGAAGGGUGUUAUGUGCCAACCAUGGAACAAAAAAUACCCACAUUCACAUAAAUAUAAACUUUCAAACAAAGCAGAUGGACUCGGUAGACACAAUCACUGCCGUAACCCAGGUGGUGAAAAGGAGCGACCGUGGUGCUUUACGACGUACGGCAAAGAUAGGUCCACAUGGCAGUACUGCGAUAUCAAAACCUGUGAUAGUUAGAUAGGUUCGUGUAACCACACCACGUCCCACUUGCAUUAGCAGGAGUAUCUAAGAAGAGUCUGUCCAGUAAUUUCAGACCACCAAGGCAAUGUUGUCUUGAUUAAUCGACUAAAUUUAGAAGGAGAUAAAACUUGCAACACGCAGAGAUAGUUUUUAUGUUGAAGUUAUGAAACUAAGUUACAAGCUUCUUUAAAAAAAGUGUCGAAGUCACUCUCUCCUUAAAGAAAAUACAGAAGGACACUCAUCCGCAGAUAGUAACAUAUCAAAUACAUAUUACAGAUGCCAUAAUUUAUUUAGAUGUGAAAAAAUUGCUUUUAUAUUAUAUGCUGCAAAAUAUGUAAAAAAUCAUCAUAAAUUAUUUAAAUUAUUAUAAUUAUUAUAAUUGAUGCAGUGAUUUGUUUCUCUUAAGAGUCGAUACCCAGGAGGUAUUAAUAAAAGAGAUAUGUCCACUUUGCUUCGUUAAAGUUAGGUAUGGAAAGCGCAGAAACCUAAAACUGUUCUCCGUCUGGUUCAUCCACUCAAUAUCAAUAUAGAAAAUUUAUAUAGUAACUUAUAUUAUUGUACAUAUUUAUUCCCUUAUUCAACACUUAACUUAAAAAAAUGCUGCAUAGAUUAUUAUGGCAUUGUUUCUUCAUUUAAUAUUUAUUUGUUUUCUAAAA